UAGGGAGGAGGGCUGCGCAUGCGCGUUGCACGGCUCGGGCUGUGGAGUGUGAGCCUGGGUUCGCACAUUGAUGUGUUACCUGCUACCGCUCCCGGGGGUACUAGCACCGGCUUGGGCGGCUCCAGCAGCAGAGACCGGGGAGGAAGACCAAUAGAACCAUCCUAUUGUUGGAAGGACAGCGCUGGGUGCAUGAGCGAAGAUGGUGAUCACAGGGCAUGACUAGACCCAAUGGCACAUUGGAAGAUCAGGCUGACUGGACUCCGUUAUCUGGGUAUAUGUCCUGUCUAAUCAACUGACAUGAAGAAAUCACUGGUCUUCCAUAUAUGUGGGGUGCUAUGUAGCACCCUUGUGGUGUGGCCAAGCGCUACAUCUCUUUCUCUUCAGAAACUGGAUAAACAGGAUGUCCCAGUAGACAGUCAAGGAUUUGAUGGUACAGGUAACUCCCAAACAUAUGCCGGUGAUUUUCUACUGCCAGCGCAACCUACUACAGAAAAGGAAAUAUACAGCUUGUCUUCCUCUGUGACUUCAUCGUAUAGCGUACUUGCAGUCCCAGAAAUCUCACAAAACAGUUCCAGUCUACUAAGUAACAGCACAGUGACUGAUAUGAGCCCAGAGACCAAUAAUCCUGGACUUGUCAUCAAAGCAAGUCCCACUGGGCAAGCUAAGACGUCAAGUGAGAAUAGAAUCUUAACCACAGCUGGUUCUACUGUUGUUUACAUCACCAGUGUGACAUCUCUUAGCAGAUCCACCAAGGGACAUCCUGAGGAAAGUUACCAAUCAGGAGAGAAGAAUAACACAGACCUGAAACAAAGCAACCUAGAAAAUGCAUCUUUGGCCAACACCAUGGAGAUGCUAACAACCAACCCCAGAACCAGCAUUGUCAAAACAAAAGAUGGCCAGUCCACCAUAUCCUCUCAUCUCGAUGACCAGCCACUGACUGCUGUCAGUGUGGAAACCUUGUCCACAUCUCAAAUUGCCACUGGUCUGCAAACUGCAGCGUUAGUCAACGGAAACAAUGGUAGUGUAGACUUCACAGUCUCACAAAUUAGUGAGGACUGGGAUGAUACAAAAGUUACAGCUGAAAGUCCUCAGAAAGUAGGCAGUGUUGCCAUGACAACACCAGUUCCUCUCCAACGCAUGGAAACAGAGAAUAAUGACCCAGGUCUGUUCACUGCAUCUCCAGGAAUGGCUAUACCAGCUGAUGACAAAAUAGCUCUUGGUGCCACUGAUUACAUGCUUGUUACUGUGCCAGAAGGAAAGGUUUCAGCUGAUUUUAGUGAAACAAUAAUAGCCCAAUCUGUGUCACCAGAGACAGAGUUACACUCCAUACACAUGUCUACACAAGUACCGGAUAUAGUCAUUGAGGUGACCCAAAGUCAAGAACUUGCUGCAAUAAACACAGGUACCAAACGGAAAACUUCAGACAUAACUGAAAACCGCAAUGUCACGGUGGCGGCCACCAUUAUGGAUGCUACAAGUCAGGAUAACACCAGGGAGUGGAAAGUGACUCCUACAGUAGAAGUGCUACUAAUGGAUAGUAUUACUCCACCCAUAGAGAAAUCCAGAGAGGAAAAUAAGACUGUUCCAUCAACCCCUGUUCAUUUCUUAUCUGUGGAAACACCUGCCACUGAAGGUUUGAAUUUGCCAUCUAGUGAUGAGGAGUUAUGGGCUGGUUCAGCGUCUCCAGUUAUGCCAACAGCCGCAACAGAGACUGAUGAUACCAUCGUACUAAGUACAGUCACAUCAUCCUCCCAAGUCAGUGUCCUACUUCCUCCAACCAGAAAAAUCAGCGCUACAGCAGCAUAUGGGGUGGACAAGCUGGAAUCUGAAGAGGGUGAUGAGGAAGAUGAAGAAGAGGAAGAUGAAGAUGAUGAGGAGGUGGAUGAAGAUGAUGAAGAUGAGGAGGAAGAUGAUAAGGAUAAUGAUUCUGUUGAUGACAGUUCAGAGAAAGAUUCAGAUCUUCCGCUUUUCACCCUCCCUGGCCUGUCCUCUCAAGAACCUCUUGAAGAUGAUUCUAAUGUGGCCCUGAUUGAAGGGGCAGCUUAUCAAGUGCCCGACACCAUGGGGUGGGAACAGCAGAACCAAGGCCUAGUGAGAAGUUGGAUGGAAAAAUUGAAAGAUAAGGCUGGGUACAUGUCUGGGAUGCUGAUACCGGUGGGAGUAGGAAUAGUUGGAGCACUUUUUAUCCUCGGAGUUCUGUACAGCAUAAAGAUUAUGAAUCGCCGCAGGAGAAAUGGCUUCAAACGGCAUAAAAGAAAGCAGCGAGAGUUUAACAGCAUGCAAGACCGAGUCAUGCUCUUAGCGGACAGUUCAGAAGAUGAAUUUUGAGUGGGACCGAUUGAAGCACCGGGGGAUUCAAGAAAGUUUUGCAAGAAAGAAUACAAAUCCUGCACUCUCACUGCUGCUCAGCCAGCUGUAUAACACCCCGUAGCGAUUAUCAUGCAUUGAGAUCGACAGCAUGCUGUCUUGUACAUGAUGUUUGUUUUUAUACAACAGUGAAAUGAUGUGUUAAUAUGCAAAGUCCUUCUAGUGCAAGUGUGACACGUUUUAUAGCAAGCUCUUUUUUUUGUACUGAGUUACAUCGUAUUUGUAUGCCGGUGUGGUCAGGAAAUGCAGGAGGUGUACGUAGCAAGCAGUGUGGUAAUAAUACACAAGGUUGGUUUUACACUGCGGGGCAAACGUAUAACAUAGAACAUUUGAAAACGUUUAUGUACAGACCACACAGGUCAUGCUGACUAAGCGAAUAGAAGGAUUUCCAAUUGGUAGCAUUAUAUACAACACGGACUUGUACAAACUGCAUAAGAACCUACUGGCUUGAUUGGGCAUUGUUAGUAUAUGCCUGUCCUCCACUAACUUACCUAAUUAUUAAUAUCAUCAUGGUCCUGCUGCUAACCCACAUGAAUGCAUACUAAUCCAUGCCGUUGCACACAUGGAAUUUCUCAAGUAAAUACUUAGCAAUAUAAACAAUAGAAAUAGAAACCCCCCCAUAAACAGGUAGUUCAUUUUGCUGUCAGACAUGGGUUUUACUGAUACUGUGUGUGUUGAGAGUAUAGACAAUUUGGUGGUAAUAGAAAUGUGCUGCUUUGAUGCUCUUUUAUAUAUGUCAUCUGGAGCAACAGAACCAUUUGUUUAUGGAUACAAGUCAGUGACUUGAGGUGUGGGGAAAAAAACAGAAUACUGAAUAAUUUUUUCGAGUUGUUCUGGUAUUAAGGAAGACACUGUCAGGUGGCACAUUCUACAAAUUAUUCACUGAAAUGUUAGUAUUAUGGCCACUCCAGGUAUCCUUUAUUUCCCUGCAUACAUCUAGUACUGCUAAAUAUGACAUCUGGCAAAUUUGAUCUUUUCGUCUUAUUGGGUCCUUUUAAAUAUAAUAUAAAGGAAAAAUCAAAACUCAAAUCCUACAAACAGUGAAUUGGUAGCUAGUUGCUGAUUUAACCCUUAUAAAUUCAUAAUCACAAUUAAUGCUUUGUCACCAAUAAAUAAUUUUUUACUGCUACUUUAUUUACACUUAGCCAGGAUCGAACCUGUUGUACAAAAGAUGAGUUUUAUGCUGAAGGAUCCUUAUAAUGUACAUUACGCUAACCUAAUAUAUGUGAAAUGAUAUUUGCAAUAGUCUAAUGUCAGUGCAAUAAUUAACCUGAGGUCAAAAGAAUUUUGGAGGUACAUAAAAAUUCUCGGGCUUUGAUCGCAAACUGCAGGGAAGAGAUGACAAACAUAAUCCUGGUUGAAAUGUCUGGAUAUCUAUAUAAGCGGUAUAUGAGCCUUAAUAUCAUUGUCAAACUGGGAAUUGUCCGUCUGAGGAUAAUGGGGCAGAUGUAUUAACCUGGAGAA